CUCCGUACAAGUAUAGCCAUCUCGCAAUUAAGUAUCUGCAAACGCCAAAACGGUUAUCUAAGCGAACCACACGUGACGCACCGGUGUGUCAAAAAAAGCUGCGGCGGUACGAGCGAAUGAUAAAACGCCCAUUAACAGCCUCAUCCCAGCCAUCAACCCGAAAAGAGCUUAGCUCCAGCAAAGAUGGUGGUAUCAGACCUGGAAGUACCGGAUACAAUACACUUUGACCCCAACGGGGACGUGCGACUGCUCGUUCCAGCCCCGACCCCAGACUCAGAAGAAACCGCGAAGACGUUCAUUGUUUCGUCCCGCGUGAUGGGACUAGCCUGCAACGCCUGGGACCGGAUGCUGAACGGGCACUUCAAAGAAUCCCAAGGAGCUGGCGCCGACGGCGACGUACGCGAGGUGGCGUUUCCGGACGACGAUGCGGCAGCGCUGAUGGUGCUGCUGAACAUCAUCCACUUGCGCUUCAAGGAGGUGCCGUACCAGCUGCCGUUCGCUACGCUGGUCGAACUCGCGGUUCUCACGGAUAAAUAUGACCUUACGACGCUGGUCCGCCCGUGGUAUUUUACUUGGAUGGCGGGUAUGCAGGGACACUUGUUGGCGCCGGGGUUCGAGCAGUGGCUUUGGGUUGCGUGGGAGUUUGGGCAUUUGGAUAAUUUCAAGACGUUGGCGGAUCAUUUGGUGAGGACGGUGCGGGUGAAUGGCUCGCUGUCCGAGGACGGACGCUUGAUGUGUGUUACGCAAGGUGGGAAAGUGCUGGAUCCGCUUGAUAUUUCUCAGCACAUGCCUCCCGACAUUAUUGAAAACAUCAUCGCAAUCCAGCAAAAAGUUAUCUCUGCCAUCCUUGACGUCUACUACAAGACGUUGGAAAACUACACGUCUGCCUACAACAGCGGGCGGACCGUAUGUCAGAGCGAAGCUGGAAAGCGGUUCGAAUGCGAUGCCAUGGCUUUCGGAUCGCUGGUACUACCUCUGCAACAAACGGGCCUUGGUCUCGUAAGGACUUUUGCGGCGACGGAGCAACUGAGCGUGGAGGAGCUCUCUGCUAAGCUACAGGGUAUCCAGGUCAUGCAUUACCAUGAGGAAAGUAACUGCAUAAGUAAGGGAAUGGACAAAGUCAUUCGCGAAAUAGUUCAGAGUAUGGUCUCGUCGAUACCAUGUCCGCUGCUCCCUUCGCAUCUCUCCCAUAUUGCUCGACAGCGGGAGAUUUUGAACUAGGAGGUUUGGAAGUGUGGACUAUGGUACGUACUCGGAAGGGAGGGAUGACCUGAUACUCGAAAGGGAUUUUUAGGGCCGACAUAUCAGCCUAAAGGCAGCGACAUGACGAUACAUACACAGAGAGAAGACGAGACCCAGUUAGGGUGUUACAAUAUAUAUUCUAUGUAUGCUCUAAGAGCCUAUCACUUAUACCCAGGACUCGAACUACGAGCUAGGCAGGGAGUACUCUGUA